CGGGGGUGGAGUGGGGCACUCAGGCCUCUCUGAGCAGUGGGGACAUGGUCGUUUUCUGGGCAGCCUAACACAGGAAUGUCCAGCUGGCGUCCAAGUCAUAUCUGAUGUCGUGGGCGAAGGGCAGGCCCGGGUGGGUGGGAGCAGAUUCUUUCCUGCUGCCUCACUGCUGCCCUAAGAAAGGAAGUGUGAGCACCAAGGAGGUCCCCUGCCUGUCUGUGGGCAGUUGUGCCCGCCACGCUCCUGCUGCCUCGAGGGGGACGCUGCCACGACAGGCAAAUGCACCAACCUCCUGAAGAAAGUUAUACAAAUGACUCCUCAAGAAAUCCUGGCCCUGGUGAAGAAAUGUCUUCCUACAAGAAGCCAUGUAUAACCAGGACGCAAGGGUAGAAGAGGCAGAUGGGCAGUGAUGACACCAAAUAUAAGCAUGAAAAGAAGUUUUAAAACUACAAAUUCCCAAACCCAGCAAGGCAGGCAGCGGCAGCCCUCACUACUGUAACAGAGAAAAAAUAAACCCACUUAGUAAUUGCAUCUGGUUGACGGAAAGCUCUCGUCUUGUGGAAACAGGCCUACAUCUAAUCCUUGCCAGAAUCAUCACCAAAGGCACCCACUGGCUGACGGGGACAGUCGUCCCAAGCUGGCAGAUGAUGCAGGGCAACCGGAAGUGCACAGACGGGUUCAGCGACUCCUCAAGCAUCGGCAGCGUGCUGGACGACGCAGACAGGGAGGUGAGCAGCCUCACAGAUCGGGCGUUCCGGAGCCUGUGUGUCUCAGAGGACGCAUCCUUCCAUGACUCCGACCUGGCCCUGUCCCCAGACACCAGUCGCCAGAUGUGUCGGACUUUACACCACAGGAAGAGUGGCCUUUGGAGCCAGUUGCCAUCACAAGGCACGGAGCACACGGGCUGGGCAGCCGCCCUCCAACAGCAACCCAAGUAUGUUCAAGGAGAGGAAAAGUACCCCAAAAGCAGCCCCCCACUGACACCAGUCCAGAGGAGACUGGAGGUGCCAAUUGCUGGCCUAAGAAGCAGCCACAAGCCUAUGUCCAAAGUGUCAUCACUAAUUAAAUCCUUUGACAGGACGGAGAGCCGACACUGUGAGAGCAGGCCUGCAACCAGCAAGCCGCCCGCUCGGAAAAAUCCCCCCAACUUUGCUCCUCUUCCAGACAGCAGUGUCAACUUCUGCUUCGAUUCCGCCUUUCUGACCGUCAGGAGGGUGCCCGCUGAAGUUUCCAAUGCCCGUAAGGGUGGCCACCAGCCUGGCAGGAAGCAUGGAGAACAGGAGUCCCCCGAGAAUCUCGGAAUGGCCUGUCACAGCUCCAGCAGCUUCCUCCCGACACCUGACAGCGCAGCCAGCUCACCACCCCACGAGCUGUCCCUGGGCGAGCCUGGAAGGAGCAAGGAGUGGGCUCCCAAAGGGACCUUUCUGCACAGUGAAAAUAGUGCUUUUGAAUCAUGGAAUGCCCAUCAGCCAAAGCUGCUGGAAAGAAAGGAUGCUGAAACUAUCCCAGAAAGCAAAGCUCCCAAACAUUAUGAGGACAUGCCCUUGUUAAGAGAAACCCAUCCUCCUGAGUGCAAACUCUCUCCCAGCCAAGCCCAGCCCAGCUUCCAUCAGGAAGAAAACAGACUAGCCCCCGGGGCUCCGUCCGCAUCCGGACCCUGGGGAUUCAGAGAUCCAGCAGCCCAGUCAUUCAAUAUGGAGGGAAAAGCUGCCUGCUCACAACCUGACCCCCAGGUGAAGCCAACCCAGGCCCCAUGGAGGAAACCAAAGACUGACAAAAGAGGGAAAGAAAGUCUACAGGAAGCUUCAGAAGAAAAGAAACCGACCUCCAGGAGAGGCCCGCCUCUGUACACAAAGCACAACCCCCAGGGACAAUUUCCAGUAAAUGAUGCUCUUGAUAUGCCUGUGGACCCCAGCGAGCACUACGAUCCCCCUUUUAACAUCAGCAAGCUGCUGACGCCCGUCAUACCCACCAAGCUUGCCCUGGAUUCAUCCAACACUCAGCCAGCAGAGACAACCCCCUCGCCUCCGGGACAGCUCAAUGGAUACCAAGAGAAGGAGCCCAGUGAAUGUCAGCUGCGAGACAGCUACAAGUCCAAAGCCUCUAGCCUGCUGUUCAACCUCAAGGAUGUGCGGAAGCGUGUUAAGAGCAUAUACAGCUCCUCACCUCUUUUGAGAGGCCUAGAUGAGAAAAUCAGAGGUAAAGUUGAUGGAAAGCAGGAGCCCAUCAGCAAUGGUGUGGUGCUGCCCAAUGAGCUCGAGGAAAGUCCCCCAAAGGAGCUUUCCAAGGAGAGACCCACAGAUGCCCCCACUGCAUCACAGAUCAGUGCCCAGAAGGACCUUAUGGCCAACCCCAGUGAGUCCCCUACAGACAGCUGUCUAACACCUAGCACACCUCCAACCAUCGCCAAUACCCCCUUCUGUGUCAACGGGGAGGCCCCCGAGAGGAACAGUCAUGAGAACAGCAAUGGAGAUGGAGAGUCAGAGACGGGUCCCGCCAGGUCUGGAUGGUAUCCAGACCCCAGGGAACACCACCCCAGGAAGCAGCUCUCCCUGAAGCUUUGCAACAGGGAGUCUGAGGCUGGAGAGGCUACAGAGAAAACUAAAACCCAGCUAGAAAAUGGGUUCUUGAGAUCCAUCUCCCAAGAGACAGAAGCUGAGAGACAAGUAGGACUUCAGAACCCACACUUGAACCAGAAAUUCUCUCCAGGGCCCCACUCUCCCGAGGAGGAAGAUGUGUUUUAUAGCGACACCCAGUCUGAUUUUAUGCCAGGCCUCAAAAGCAAGGCCAAAUUCAGCACCAGCUCUUCAGAUCAAUCAUUUGCCUCGUUUGAAGAUCAGCAGAAGACAUGGUUUACCGAGAGCCACCGGGAAGACAGGAAGAAUGACUUGAGUGCAGGUGACAGUCAGAAGGAUGAGAAGGAGAUGGGGGACGAUGAGCCCCAGUGCUGUGCCUUACGCGACGGGCGCGCACAUGUGGAAGAGCACAGCAGGAGGGAAGCAGUGCAGAGAGAAGGGGAAAGUGUGUCUGCAGGAAGACCCAGGAAGGCACCAACAGAGGAAGCUAAUUUCAGAGGCUCUUGGGUUGGGGGGAAUAGGAGUACCUCCCUUUCACAUGCCAAAGACCCUAUGCCCUCACCAUCUUCUGCUACAAACAAGCACAUACUGUUUCCAAUUAAAGACAACACACUCAGAGCCACCCCCGUAAUAAAACCUAUUAUGCUGCCUCUCCUGAGGACCAUGUCCUCUGAGGACUCUCUUGGCAGUGGCCACAGAGAGGACUCACCAAGGCCAGGAUGGGGUGAGGAUGCUGGUUUCUGUACCCUAGAAAGCCAGGAAAUGCCUGGCAUGCUGACACCUGCCAACACGCAGAGCACACAUGUGAAGCUCAUGGCCUGUGAUGUCACCAAGGACCCCGGGCAGGCGUCUGGCACAGCCAGGAUGGAGACCUCUCAGCUUGUCCCACAGGGGAAUUUUCCAUCUCUGCCUCUGGUGGGAGAGGGGAAUGGGAUGAAGCCACCUCCAGAUGCAGCACAUACAAUCACGGCAAAUGGUAACAAAAGUUCCACAGACUCAGGAAAGCUGGCCGCCCCCUGGGACAUCCCCACAAUCGCUUUACCCGAGGGUGACUUAGAAGACCAGCCACUACCAUGGCAGCCUGAAACCUGUUGGGAAGAACAGACACAAGGUUUCAAUAGCCAUUUUUUGUCUACACCCAGAGCAGGGCCACCUUGGAGAAGACUGGUCCCUGGUGAGAUGGUAACUUCUCCCAACUCCAGCUCCGUGGGGGAGAGCAGCGUGUGCUCCCCUGCCACCAGUGAACUGGAGCUGCCAUCCCAGGACCCUCAGGCCAGCCUUGGUCCUGCCAGGGUCACACGAAGGGAGGAUCUGACCCAUGCCCUCAUGAGGGAGGCCAGCUCAGACCCUCAACAUGAGCCAUCAGUAGAAGACCUCCGUACACUGUCUCCAAGAGGCUCACCACCAGAUGUGGCUGCCAGCUCUGCUGGUCCUCCUGGGAGGCUGGAGCAUCUUGCUCAGCUGGAAAGGGCAGCCGGCAAGCCACCUGCAGUCCCUCCCAAGACAGAGAAAGCCCUGCGGCGAGCGAAGAAGCUGGCAAGCAAGAGGAGAAAGACUGAGCAGGUGCUAGACAAGCAGGGUGAGUCCCGAGAGGGAGAGCCCUGCCCAGAGGACUUGGACUGGACAGAGCAAAGACCACCGUCCCCCGGAGAGAGACCCCAACCAAGUUUCCCUGUAGUCCGCUCCCUGCCCCCUCCCCUGCACCGCCACUCUGUGUCUGGCUUCUCGGAGCUUGUCGGGAGGCAAUCUGGGGGACCCCAGGCCCUCACACCCCUGCCCUCUUACCCUGCCACGCAGAAGGUGCUCCAGGAUCCCCAGUCGGGAGAGUACUUUGUCUUCGACUUGCCCCUCCAGGUGAAAAUCAAAACCUUCUAUGACCCAGAGACGGGCAAGUAUGUCAAGGUCUCGGUCCCCUCCUCAGAGCGGGGCUCCCCUGAGCCACCCCCGCCAGAUGCCCUGGCCGCUCCCUACAUGCUCUACCCUGGCUUCCGGCCUGUGCCCGUGACAGCCCUGAUGCCCCUGCGCUGCUCCUCUCAGCUCUCUGCCCCCACCUUCCUCAGGCAGGCCCCGUGCACCCGCAGGGCAGCCCGAGCCAGGCCCCAGAGUGCCCAUGAGGCUGGACUGCUGCCGGCCCUGGGGCCUCAGGGUGACCCCGCCCAGCACUCUGCAGACCAGUGCCCCCAGAGGCCUCCCCAGGGCCCAGAAGAGGAGGGCACAGAAGCACCAGGCCUGGGCAUCAUCUCCACAGAUGACCUGGAGGACUUUGCCACAGAGGGCAUUUCUUGAGAAUGGCAGCAGACUGACCCCCACCCAUCCCCAGAUAAACCCAGAGGAGCUUACUUCCCCUGCCCCAGAACGAGCCACACACACACACAUGCACACAUGCACACACCCCACUACCACUACACGCUUAGCCUUUUGACAGCCCUAAAGUCCAAAUGGAAGUAGGCAUCUUGAGACAACCUCCUCUGGAGGGCUCCCCUGGAGUCCCGUCUGAGGAAUGGAGUUGCUUUCUUGACAAUCCCCUCCAUGCCCCUUCCCACAUCCACUCCACUCCCCUCUUCCCCUUCCUCUCUCCGUCCCUCCCUCCCGUCCUGGCCGUUACUGGUCCUGAGGGUUCCUCUGACCUUACACCCACCCAACCCCUGAGCCCCACCUCAGACAUAGCAGCCAGUUUCCAGGUCAACUCAAGUGGAACUGGAGGAUGGAUUCAAGGCACCCUUGCAGAAAUAUUUCUUGGCAUAGAAUGGGUUUUGUUUACAGGAUGAAACCUGCCUCCUGAGGCUAUUUUCUGAUAAAGAAAAGGCCAACUUUAAAAAAACGAAAGAAGUUUGCAGAUGUGAUUCUA